AUGUCUAUCCCAAUUGGAAGCCAUGAGCGAGAUCAGCUCUUUGGGACUAAGACACCCCCGGGGCUCGGAAGCGUACAAACUAUGCGAUGGGGAGCGAAAAACCCUCCCAAUGAUCCGCAGGUCUCAUUUUCAGGCAUGAACGUCAUGCUUACCGGUGCCAACUCCGGUAUUGGGUACGAAGCCGCCGUAAAGUUUGUCAAACUGGGGGCAUCGAAGGUGAUAUUAGCCGUCCGAACACUUGAAAAGGGGCAUGCGGCCAAGCGAAAUAUCCAGAUGUCUGUGGGAGAGGGAUGCAAAUGUGAUCGUAUCAUUGCCAUGCAGCUUGACAUGGAUGAUUUCGGAAGCGUGAAGCGGUUCGCGACCAGCUUGGAGGAAGAGGUCGGAGCGGAUGGCCUGCAGGUCGCCAUAUUGAAUGCUGGAGUUGCCCCUGGAACCUAUUCAGUGGUCAAGAAGACAGGCUGGGAAUCAGCGCUACAGGUCAAUGUUCUGUCUACAGCUUUGCUCGCCAUCUGUGUUCUACCUCUUCUCAAAUUGGGUUCAGAAGGAAACGUGCACCCGGCACAACUCAUCCUCACAGGUAGCGCCGAGUGCGUCUCGGUGACGAAGGAUAUACCCAUCGAUGCUCCCAAUGUGCUGGAAGCUUUAAAUGAGCCCAAAUCAUUUUACUCUCGGAGCUCAUAUCUCAUCACGAAACUUUUGGUUGUCUAUGUUAUGCAGGGAUUGAUAGAUGAUUAUUUGGUCGCACCUUUGGACCCACAAUACCAUGUGGCUAUCAGUGUCGUCUGCCCCGGCUACACAGUGACUAAUCUCACCCGAGACCUUCCCUGGCCUCAGAAAAUCGCCAUGAUGUUGUUGAACAUAUAUGGCGGGAGAUCUGCGGAGGAAGGAAGUCGUUCCUUGCUAAGCGCGUCAUUGCUCGGGGCAGCUGGCCAUGGAAAGUUUUGGACCAACGACAACUUCCUUGAGUGA